CUGCCGUGCCGCUCUGCUCUGCUUGGCUUGCAGUCUCUACAGCACCUCUUGUUCUUGUAUAUGUGUGUGAGCCACCGCUUGAACACUUUACACGACUGGAGACAUUUACGGAGAAAUUAGCCUGUCGGUUUCGUCGGGAGUGCGACAGAUAAGUUGUGGAUGAAUGAAGGGACAUGGUCGUAGACGGGGAGUAGAGGCUGCCUGGCUGUCUUUACUUCCAAGCAACGUUAAAGCUACUUUGAUGCGACCGCUUAGCUAACAAGCUAACUGGGAAUGUUUUCAGAAACUAGCCAGGUAGUUAGCUUGCUUGCUAGCUAAAUCGGCUGUAGGAAUUCGCUAUAUAAAUUUAGCAAACAGCCAUAAUGAUACUUUUAUCUUUAUCGUUUAGUGAAAUAAAUGCGGCAGCAAUAGAGGCAAUAUGCUGAAUGUUUAGGGCUCCGGUGCCCGCUUGGUAGCUAAUUUCCAGCAGGGACAAUAGUUGACUGUCCAGGCAACAAGUCUAGUACACACUGCUGCUAAACAGGCUCAAGUUUGUACUCAUUUUGUGCAGUGAUGUUAUUAGUUACUGUGUGACUCUGGUUAUCUACAAAGUAAUGCUCUGUGUUAUAAUGAACGUUUAGGGCAAAGUAAAGGUAGCUUUAUACAAAGGAAAGUAGGGUGCCACAUUAGAUGCCCAGAUUGAGGCACUCUGUUGCAUAGGAGAACCUGUUGUCAGUUAAUCGAUACAACUAUUGACGGGGAGACGAGGUGGAUGAACAUUAUAAAUCGCCCACAUGCGUUGGAUCAGUUCCCGGACUUGUGAAAGGCAUCUGAAGCAGAAGGUGGGAGACGUGAGCGCACAACCCUUGCAGCCCGGGGGAAGAUGGCGGAGCGUUCCCGCAAGAGGUGGUGAAACCAAAACUUGGGGACUUCUUGGAUUUAUCGCCAGACAUCUUAUCUCAGAUCGUAGGACACAUGCAGGCCAAAAAACGGUACUUAAUUCUGUUCUCCGCCGGUGCGUGUGUCAUUCUGUUGUUUUGUUUUGGGGGGAUACAAGUCCCGCUAUCCAGACGUGGACCCAGUCGGCGUGAUGACCGCAGCCUCACCGGGUAUCACCCCGGGGCUCGGUGGCGUCGCUUCCCGGGGUACCUGCAGCCCUUCAGCUCCUGGGAGCAAGAUCGGCGCGAUGAUCACAAUGAACACAUAUCUCCUAGGCAGAAGAGGGACGCUAACUCAGGCGUUUACACUGGAAAACGCUGCAGAAUGGACUCCUGUUUUGAUUUCUCCCUGUGUGAGAGGAAUGGAUUUAAAGUUUACGUCUACCCCCAGCAGAAAGGGGAAAAGAUGUCAGAGAGUUAUCAGAACAUAUUGUCCUCUAUUGAAGGGUCCAGGUUCUAUACACCUGACCCAGGACAGGCGUGUCUGUUUGUCCUGAGUCUGGACACACUGGACCGGGACCAGCUUUCACCCCAGUAUGUGCACAACCUGAAAGCAAAAAUCCAGAGCCUUCCUUUGUGGAAUGGGGGCAAAAACCACAUCAUCUUCAACUUAUACUCCGGCACCUGGCCAGACUACACGGAAGACCUUGGCUUCGACAUCGGUCUUGCUAUGUUGGCUAAGGCCAGCAUCAGCACAGAGAACUUUAGGCCUAACUUUGACGUUUCUAUCCCUCUUUUCUCUAAAGACCACCCUAGGACAGGAGGGGAAAGAGGCUACCUGAAACAUAACACCAUUCCCCCUUAUAGGAAGUACAUGCUUGUUUUUAAGGGGAAGAGGUACCUAACUGGAAUAGGUUCAGACACUAGGAACGCUUUAUAUCAUGUUCAUAACUCAGAGGAUGUCGUCCUCCUCACCACCUGUAAGCAUGGGAAAGACUGGCAGAAGCACAAGGAUGCACGCUGUGAUAAAGACAACGCAGAAUAUGACAAAUAUGACUACAGAGAGAUGCUGUACAACUCCACAUUUUGUCUGGUACCUCGAGGACGACGGCUGGGUUCCUUUCGCUUCUUAGAGGCUUUGCAGGCAGCUUGUGUGCCCGUGAUGCUAAGUAAUGGCUGGGAGCUUCCCUUCUCGGAGAUCAUCGACUGGAAUACGGCAGCUGUGAUUGGGGACGAAAGGCUGCUAUUACAGAUCCCCUCAACAGUGCACUCCAUCCACCAGGAUAAGAUCCUGUCCCUGAGACAGCAGACCCAGUUCCUAUGGGAGGCUUACUUCAACUCUGUGGAGAAAAUAGUACUGACCACACUGGAGAUCAUCCAGGACCGAGUACUGCAGCACACCUCAAGGAGUAACCUCAUGUGGAACAGUCUGCCUGGAGGUCUUUUCACCCUGCCUCAGUACUCUACAUACCUGGGAGACUUCCCGUUCUAUUACGCUAAGCUGGGUAUCAAGCCAUACUCCAAGUUUACAGCAAUCAUUCAUGUGGUGACCCCACUGGUCUCCCAGUCUCAGCCAGUCAUGAAGCUGCUUGUGGCUGUGGCCAAAUCCCAGUACUGUGCUCAGGUGAUAGUCCUGUGGAAUUGUGACAAGCCUCUUCCUGCCAAGCACCGCUGGCCUGCCACCUCAGUCCCUGUCAUUGUUAUAGAAGGCGAAAGCAAGGUGAUAAGCAGUCGUUUUCUGCCCUACGACACCAUCCCCACUGAUGCUGUCCUCAGUCUGGAUGAGGACACUGUGCUCUCCACCACAGAGGUGGACUUUGCUUUCACGGUCUGGCAGAGUUUCCCAGACCGCAUUGUUGGUUACCCAGCCCGCAGCCACUUCUGGGACAGCAACAAGGAGCGGUGGGGCUACACUUCCAAAUGGACCAACGACUACUCCAUGGUGCUGACUGGGGCUGCCAUCUAUCACAAAUACUACCACUACUUGUACACUACUUACCUUCCAGCCAGUCUGAAGACUAUGGUUGACCAGAUGUCAAACUGCGAGGACAUUCUGAUGAAUUUUCUGGUGUCGUCAGUCUCUAAACUACCACCCAUCAAGGUCACCCAGAAGAAACAAUACAAGGAGACCAUGAUGGGACAGAGCUCCCGGGCGUCUCGCUGGGCUGACCCGGACCAUUUUGCCCAGCGUCAGACCUGCAUGAACAAGUUUGCCAGCUGGUUUGGCACCAUGCCCCUGGUCCAUUCUCAGAUGAGGCUGGACCCAGUCUUGUUCAAAGACCAGGUGUCCAUACUGCGGAAGAAGUACAGGGAUAUCGAGAGACUAUAACCCUUCAGAGCCCCCCCGCUCUCUGGACACGACAAAGAAAGAGUGAGGGGGCGGACAUGUAGAGAAACGCAGAGCCUUUCCAUGACUGCAUGGACGGAUCAAUGGAGAAACAAAUGGGAUUGGGGAGACGGGGGAGGAGGUAAAGAAACUAGAACAGAAGAGGAGAACAGCACAUCCAUUGGUCUCCUUCAUUAUGUCCUUUGUACUUCCUCCAUUUCUCCUCUGUACCCUUUCUCUAAUGUGUAUUAGGGGAUAGCAGAGUGCACGGGCCCCACGAUUACACUAUUGACUACCAACAACUGAAGGACACCUGAGCACUUUAAAGUGCUCAACGCUGAACUAAAGUGGUCAAAUUCACAGAGUUGGAAAUCACAGCUUGAUGCUUCAGUGUCCCAACAGUGGCAAACCACUCCCAACUCCAUCCCACUGAGAGAGACUGUCUGUUCUGCUCUGUACACUAUGCACAGGUCCCUGAACGUUUUUGCUGACAGAAUAUUAUUGAUAAUUAUGACUAUGAAGAGGAUAACACUAUUUUGGAUCGUGUUUAGCUAUUGUUUUUAUACAGUGAAUGAAUGGCCUACUACUCUCUCUGUAAUGUCUUAAUUAAAACAAAUAGCAGGGUGGGUGAAAAGAGGAAUGACAACCCCUCAACCAUCGUUGAUCCGAUAUUCACAGUGCCUCAAGUUUAUCUAACAGCGUUGGGAUGUGGGAUUCUGAGAGAACGGCAUGGUGCAGAACAAGCACCUUAAUCUUGCUGCUUUCUGUUUUGUUGUUGUUCUCAUGGUUUGUGAUUUUCUUAAUAAUUGAUGAAAUUAUGUAUCUUGUAGUAAAUUCUUCAGGUCAGCAUUCACAUUUUUUCUUUGCUGAAGUGUAAUGAACAUGUAUUUUUAUUCAAUUGAACAAACUAAAGUGUCAUCAUGUGUCAUUCUGGACUUCUUGUUCCUGGUAAAACUACAACAGUUUGCUAAACUAGUUCGAUUUUUUUUUUUAUUGUUUGGGAAUAGAUAUCCACAAAUGCAGAAAAAAUUCAAUGGAAUUCUCUUCUUUCAUUUUAGCAAGAAGUCCUCAUGUUUCUUUUUUUCUUUUGUAAAGGCUCAAUCGCCAGGUAGAAUUGGUACUUGAGUAUGUGCUGGCCUGAAGAACAAUAUAGGAUCAUAUGUGUUGCCUUGGUUAAGGGAGGCUGAGUUUGCCAAUUGAGCCAACCAAUGGUCUGUUUGAAACACAAACCACUGUGAAAGCCAAGGAAUGGAUCUUUUUGGGCUUGUUAAGCAAGGGAUAUUUAUAUAUGGUUAUUGUUUCUGUCAUACACCCAAUUUCAUUUUGUCCAAUGACAAGUUUGGCAGGCAAGUAGCCCAGGCUGACAAGUACAUGAAAUGGGCUUACACUGUUCUCAUCUAGGACCAUCAAAUGGCGUUUGAUAGCGUCAGAGUAAGUGUUUAUACUAAGCAGAUUGUUGUAUUUUUCUCAUUGUUAUGAACAGAUAUGGCCAGAUCAACAAGAAUUCUGACCAAGCAUUUUUGAUGCUGUUAAAAGGCAUAGGAAAGAAUUUGCACCUUUGGGGAGAUAUGCUCUAUUAAGUAAUUAUUCUCAUUUGUGGUAUUUUUUUUUUUAACAUAAAUACAUGUAAUUAGAAGCCUUUCAAUUUCCUGUAUAUUUGCAGAAUGCCAAUUUGUAUCUCUGAUCACAGAUUUAAACAUCUCUUCAUCUCUUCAUCUCUGAGAGAUUCAGAUUGGCAGUGUGAUAUUGUGCUUGGGCCACAUUCAAGAAGCAAAACGUAAAACCAGGAUGUUUAGAAAUACGUUCCAUAAUUCAAUAUGCCAUGAAUUACAUCUUUAUCGCUUUCUGUAUAUUAGUCUUCUGAAUUUGAGACACAUAUCUCAUUUGCUGCAAAUCUGUUCAUUGGCUGCCAAGUGUCAGUGGACCAUGAAAUUGGGUUUUUGCAGAUGGAUCAAUAGGCUAAUUGGCUUAAACAAAUUCUACGUGUUUGGUUCCAUUAAUAGUCAAGCUUCAAUUUUUUGGUCUUGAUGUGUCAUAUCAGAUUAUCUGGAAAUGUUAAUGUAAUUUGAUGAACCUUGAAUGUGCACCUGUGUUUUUAAAUCACUGUGCAUCGACAAUUUAAAAAGUGUAUCUGUCCCGGCCAGCAGCAUUUCUGUAUGAAAUCUAGAAAUCUAAUCACACCUGUCCUGACUCCUCCUUCGGGAGCUCCAGCUUCUUCUUUAAUUUUUUUUUUUUUUUUUUUUUUUUUUUUGUGGAAGAUAAAACAAUCAUUUAGGUGAGCUUCACAGUCCUUCACAGACCACAAUAUGUGCCAAUAGAUCAAUUGUGGUGAUAUGAGGGAUGCCAUGCAUUCCCAUAUUUAUUUGGUUGGUAAAAGUAUUUUCUGUUUAUCCAAGAAAGAAAGAAAGAAAACGUGUGAGAAAGAGAGGGGAGAAGUAAGGAAAAAGUAUAAGUGUGAGAGACUGAGAAAUCGGUUGCAUGGUGUUUUUCACUUCUGAGAAUGUGCUAUCAGCUUGACAGCAAAUAAACAAUCCGAGUAUUACUAAACACAGCGCGAUCAAGACAACUGAAUAUGGUUGUGAACAGAAUCACAUUUCAGAAAUGAACUUGGUGCAAUAUUUAAGAUGACAUUUUCUUUAUCUUUUUCUUUUCCUUUCCCUUUUUUUUUUUGUCAUUUCAGAGGGCAGAGAGUUAUAUAUUGAUGUGCCUUCAGAAGAAAUACACUUAUGAGUUUUUUCCCAUCUGCCUUGUGCAACAAACAGGUCCCUGUUUUCAUUUAAUAGUAUUUUUUUUUAAUUUUCUUUAUCAGUAUCCAGUAACACAUAAUGGCUCCCUAAAUGAUGUUGUUUAACACUGGAAUGCUACUGAGACUUAUCACCACACCUCUGAUACUGACAUUCCUGCCUUUUCUGUUAUUGGAACAUUUUUCAAGGUCUUGUUAGACUCGUACUGACACAUGCACUGCCUUGUAUUAUUAUACUUGCGAGGGCCCAAUAGUCCCCCCUUCCUGGUUGUCACAAGUGUAGUAAUACAUGUAAUGCACAAAUAAUUCUCACACGAAACGAGUCUCAAAUGAAUCUCUGCCUGCUUCCUUCAUUCUCUUCUGUAACUGCACACCUAAUUUUAUAGAGAUUGAAAAUGGAAAGAUAGAGGAAAUCACAAUUUUGUAAAAGAAUUUUAUAAAAACAAAACAAAAAAAUCAAGAAAUAAAAUGUUUGAUAUAAA